CAAACUCAUUCAAAAUUUUCACAGCUUACGAUACAAUACUAUCGCCCUCAGAAAUCAAAAGAAGGAAAGCAAAACUUCUCUGUAAUUCAAAGUUUUUCGUCUCUUGAAUUUUCAUUUUUGUUUGUUUUUCGUCGGAGGUUGAAAAAAUGUCAGGAAAAGGCGAAGGUCCAGCGAUCGGAAUUGAUCUGGGGACAACAUACUCGUGUGUUGGAGUAUGGCAGCAUGACCGUGUUGAGAUCAUUGCGAAUGAUCAAGGGAACAGAACAACGCCGUCUUAUGUUGCGUUCACUGAUACUGAGCGUUUGAUUGGUGAUGCUGCUAAGAAUCAGGUCGCCAUGAAUCCUACCAACACUGUCUUUGAUGCUAAACGAUUGAUUGGAAGGAGAGUGAGCGAUCCAUCAGUGCAAGCUGACAUGAAGUUAUGGCCCUUCAAGGUGAUUCCUGGCCCAGCUGAUAAGCCAAUGAUUGUUGUCAAUUACAAGGGUGAAGAGAAGCAAUUCUCAGCUGAGGAAAUCUCUUCUAUGGUCCUAACAAAAAUGAAGGAGAUCGCUGAAGCGUUCCUUGGUACUACCAUUAAGAACGCUGUGGUUACUGUUCCGGCUUAUUUCAAUGACUCCCAACGUCAGGCUACCAAGGAUGCCGGUGUGAUUUCCGGUUUAAACGUUAUGCGUAUCAUUAACGAGCCAACUGCUGCUGCGAUUGCUUAUGGACUUGACAAGAAGGCUAGCAGCAGUGGGGAAAAGCAUGUAUUGAUUUUUGAUCUUGGUGGUGGUACUUUUGAUGUCUCACUCUUGACUAUUGAAGAAGGUAUUUUCGAGGUUAAGGCGACAGCUGGUGACACUCACCUUGGUGGUGAGGAUUUCGACAACAGGAUGGUGAACCAUUUUGUACAGGAGUUCAGGAGGAAGCACAAGAAGGAUAUUAGUGGAAACCCUAGGUCUUUGAGGAGGUUGAGGACAGCUUGUGAAAGGGCAAAGAGGACUUUGUCUUCAACUGCUCAGACGACCAUUGAGAUCGAUUCUCUGUACGAGGGAGUUGAUUUCUACACCACCAUUACUCGUGCUCGUUUUGAAGAGUUGAACAUGGAUUUGUUCAGGAAGUGUAUGGAGCCUGUUGAGAAGUGUUUGAGGGAUGCUAAGAUGGAUAAGGGAAAUGUUGAUGAUGUGGUACUUGUUGGUGGGUCUACUAGGAUUCCAAAAGUUCAGCAAUUGCUCCAGGAUUUCUUCAAUGGGAAGGAGCUUUGCAAGAGUAUCAACCCUGAUGAGGCUGUGGCUUAUGGGGCAGCGGUUCAGGCUGCGAUUUUGAGUGGUGAAGGGAAUGAGAAGGUGCAGGACUUGUUGCUGCUGGAUGUUACUCCCCUAUCUCUUGGGCUAGAGACUGCUGGUGGUGUUAUGACUGUGCUUAUCCCAAGAAACACCACCAUCCCCACAAAGAAAGAGCAAGUGUUCUCAACAUAUUCUGACAACCAACCGGGUGUGUUGAUCCAGGUAUUUGAAGGAGAGAGAACAAGAACUCGUGACAACAACUUACUGGGCAAGUUUGAGCUCACAGGUAUUCCUCCUGCACCAAGGGGUGUGCCUCAGAUCAAUGUCUGCUUUGACAUUGAUGCCAACGGUAUCCUCAAUGUCUCUGCUGAGGACAAGACUACCGGCCAAAAGAACAAGAUCACAAUCACAAAUGACAAGGGUAGAUUGUCUAAGGAAGAGAUAGAGAAAAUGGUGCAAGAGGCAGAGAGAUACAAGUCGGAGGAUGAAGAGCAUAAGAAGAAGGUAGAGGCCAAGAAUGCACUUGAGAACUAUGCUUAUAACAUGCGGAACACAAUCAAGGACGACAAGAUCAAUUCCAAGUUGGAUGCUGCCGACAAGAAGAAGAUUGAGGAAGCUAUUGAACAGGCCAUUCAAUGGUUGGACGGAAACCAGCUUGCUGAAGCGGAUGAGUUUGAUGACAAGAUGAAGGAGCUGGAGGGUAUCUGCAACCCAAUCAUUGCAAAGAUGUACCAAGGCGGUGCUGGUGCUGGUCCUGAUAUGGGUGGUACCAUGGAUGAAGAUGCUCCUUCCGCUGGUGGUGCAAGCGGUGCUGGUCCUAAGAUUGAAGAGGUCGACUAAGUUGAUGAUGAUGAAACCCUGAGCUUUACCGUUGUCUUAAAUAUGUCUGUAUUUGCAUUUAGUUAGUUAUGUUUGGGAAACUUGUUUUGUUAUAUGUAUUUUAUCUAAUAUUCAGGUUGUUAACUUAUAGUUUUCUGCCUGUUACAUCUGUGUAGUUUUGUCAUUAUGUUAUAAGAAAAACGAAGGUGGUUUGUUCA